UAUAAAUUUAACUGGUGGGUGUUUUGCUUCCGCUCAUGUUAUUACUCAUUUCUGAGCAGCUGCGCAAAGCAACAUAAAUGAAGAGAGUUUCAAUGAAGAUGCUGGCGUUCUUCUUGGGCCUUUUCGUUCUUGCAUCUUUGUUGGGAAAGGGUUUGAUAGAGGCGCAAAUAAGCGCAGGAACAAACAAGGAGCAAUUGAUUGUGAGUGGGCAGGUCUGCAACUCUCACGAUGACUGCAAAUCCAACGCUGCUAAUAAUGGCCGCCAUUUCUGUAUCAAAGACGUUGCUGGAUCUGAAACGGGUCAUUGUGUCGGAUUUGAUCCCGCCAUUGGUACCUGUAAAGGAUAAUAUUUAGUUAGUUAUUAUUAUUUAUUCAUUUAUUGUUGUAAUUAUCUUGUACAUAUUCUAGUUGUACUUAUCUUAUACGUACACUGGCUGUACUUAUCUUCCUGAGAGUCAUGAUAAGAGAAUGACUCUUGUACUAUAAAGCUCUCAUGUAACCAGAACAUUAUUAUCAAAAAUAUCAUUCAUCAAACCUUUAUAUGGUAUCAAGAGCCAUAUAGAAUUGCUUCUAUUCAUCCUUUUUUUUUCGUUGCUUUGACUAUCCAAUUUCAAUGGAAAUCACCACCACCACCACCCUUGUGCAUCUCAAUGCUCCCACAAAUUUCCCUGUGAAAUUGUCUGCAAGCAAUUUUCCGAUCUGGCGGCGUCAGGUUGAAGCCACACUUGUGGGUUACGAUCUCCUUCCAUACGUUGAUGGUACUAUCACCAUACCAUCCAAGUUUUCUGAUGACGACAAACUGAUCUUAAACCCUUGCUACUCUAUUUGGUAUCGGCAAGAUCAAAUAUUGCUUAGCGCCUUUAUUGGCAGUUGCACCGAUCCGGUUCAGUCGCUCCUUUCCUCCGCUCUCACAGCGAAGGAUGCUUGGGACACUCUUCUUAAUAGCUACGCCAACGCCUCUCCGGGACACAUCUUGGCCCUCAAGAGUAAACUCUCUCGUAAUCCGCGAGGUAAUCGUUCCAUCUCGGAUUAUCUAAAGGAUAUGCAGGCAAUUGCCGGUGAACUUGCGCUAGCCCAAUGCCCUGUUUCAGACACUGAUCUGCACCUUUCAAUCCUUAAUCAGUUAGGGGAUGAUUAUCGUCCUAUUAUUAGUGCACUGCGUGUUCGUAAUACUGCCACUUCCAUGUUGGAGUUAUCUAAUAUUCUCACUGAUCAUGAAAGACUCCUCAAGGAAUCAGAAGAGGCUACGUCCACUCUCCUAGCAACUGCAAACAUUACCCAACGUCAUACUCCAGAAGGAUUCUCUGCAGCCGCGUCUCGACCUCGUGAGGCUCCCUUUCCAGGUGGGUCACGUUCCACAUAUUCCAAAGGUGGUCAACGUGGUCCCCUUCCAUCUCAUGGUCCUCCUCGCUCCGGAUCUACUACUGGCCGAUCCACUCCAAUCUGCCGGUUUUGUAAUUUUGCAGGUCAUGUGGUCAAGGACUGCCGCAAACUCGCCCGGUUCCUUCGCGAGAAUCACAUUACUACGGCAGCUCCGGUUGUUAAUACCACUGUGACUCAUGGUUCUCCCAUUGGAACGUCUCAGCCAUGGUUGUUUGACUCAGGGGCUUCUCACCAUGCUACCUCUAGUGUGGAUGCAUUGCAAGAGUUCUCUACGUAUGAUGGUCCGGAUGAAAUCCGUCUUGGAAAUGGACCAAACCACCGGGAGUCCGCUCAUGAGAGGUGAAAAUAUCAAUGGAGUCUACUACGCACCGCAAACUUGUCCACCCAGUCUUCAUGCAACCAGUUUAUCUUCGUUGUCUCAAUUACAUCAUAGCUUUGGUCACCCAUCAAAGAAAGUUUUAGCUCAUUUAUUGAAUAAAUGUAAUUUGGACGUUUCUUCUCAUUCUCUUAGCAAUUUUUAUUGUAAUUCUUGCAAUAUUAAUAAAAGUCACAAAUUGCCAUUUUC